AUAAGAAGAAGAUGUCUCUGAGACUGACUGGGGUCACAUGCAAGAAUUAGCUUGGUACGUGAAGACAACGUCAAUAAAGCUGAAUUUUAACAAGUUAUCUCGUAACUAACAGGACUUGCUGAGAAGAACCCACAUCCUUCACCAUGUUCCUCACCAUGGCCCUGCUGAGGAAAGGCAUCUCUGGCAAGCAGUGGAUCGGGAAGUACCGCCGGCCGCGUGCCAUCACCUGGCAGAUGAAACGCAACAUGCUGGUGCACCUGGAGUGCGAGGCGGAGAACGAGUACUGGAUCUCCCGACCGUACAUGACCACAGAACAGGAGAGAGGACACGCCGCUGAGCGCCGAGCACAGAACUGGAUCAAAAUUAAGGAGACCAAGUUUCAAAAGUUUCCAGAACAUAAGUAUGUUGCAGAUCAUCUAAGUCACCUCAACACGACCAAGACAUGGUCAAGUUAAUGAGGAGGAAGUAUUGACUUUGUGUGGGGAGAUGGAGAUGGGGCAUGCAUGUUGACUGCCAUUUGACUCCUGUGUGUCUUAAUGUAUGUAAUGUAUAUGAACUAUGGAGUGUUGGUAAUUAUAUCUUUAUAAAGCAAGCUCAUAUUUGAAAACAACCAGUGAUUUGCUUUAUAAUACAUGACAAACGGUAUUGUGCAUACAUUAGUGAGUCUCAUAGACUCUUAACCCCUCUGGGACCCCCAGAUGUAGGCCUGGCUCAAACACAUGUCAGCUCUCCUGAAGCGUCUCAUUACCGAGUUGUCCCACCGCAAAACUAUACCGUAUAUCACCGGCAGAUGGCGCUAGAAGUUUGAAUGAGUAACCACCAGUUUUGGGGUACCACCAGGCAGGCGCGCUCUAGCAAGCGCGGAGGAGAGUUCCCCAGAUGCGAGUCGCGACUAGCUGUAAGCGCUUCAUUCGGCUUCGCACACGCUUUCUCAAUGGGGUGCGCAGCCAUCGACUGCGAUAAGUCUUUGUAGCAGUAGCAGCUAGACGAUCCCUUUACCUAAAGCUCACUUUCUCAGUACAGAUAAAAGGGACCAUGAAGACAGCCAUCUGGACUUGUCGUUUUGCGGGAAGUAUCCAGCCCCACCGAUCGCUCCCACACACGGACGACUGAAUGACGAGCGAGGAUGGCCGGAGGAAGGAGAGGACUUGUAGCCCCUCAAAACACUUUUUUAGAAAAUAUUGUCAGACGAUCUAACGGUAAGGAUCUUGCUCACAUGAGAUGCGCUAAUGCCUAUGAUAAUUCACUUGAGGAUGGAGUAGCCCACCAAAAAAAUAUAUUGGGGUGUUAAAUCAUCGAUGAAGCCUACCCGUUGGCAUGUUAAAACGCAUAAUGGCGAGGGUCGAGAAACUGGGAGAUCUUUCUCAAUUAACAUCAUCUGGACUUCAGAAUAAUCAUAAAACAAUAAAACCAUUUCCAUCUCCUACGAAUUAUUUGUAGCCUAUUUUCAAACGUCAAUGUUUAAUAAAGUUUGUAUGGUAGUCUGAACUUAUUAAUUGAACGACAUGAAUAGGUUACCACUAGGCUAUUUGUCUGGCACAUCUCUCUUGUUUAGUCAGGCUUGGGCACAUCCCAUUCACAGAAAGUCGCAUGCCAUUGUAUCUCAUGUGCACAUGGAAUCAGCAGUGACGCACAAUUUGGGAAAUUAUGCAGUUUAAAAAUAGCCUCGCUGUUUCUCGCUAGUCGCCCCAUAAUGAAGUAAAGAUAAAAUACCCCGAAUACAUUUUAUUUCAUAUACUUCAUAAAUUAGAAUAAUGGAUUACUACAUUGCACUUUAAAGUUGUUUGCCCUGUCGGUUCAUUGUGAUUUUGCAAAGUUACACAAAACUACUUUUUGUUAAAAAGCUCAAAGAACGUGUGUAAAGGCAAUAUGUCCAGGUGAAAUGUUGGUUGUGAAAUAGUAUUAAAAAAUAACUCAAAUAACACACAA